AUGGAUCAAGAAAAGCAGCAGACCAACGGCAAUGCCGCUGCCGACACGCCCGCUCAAAAUGGCGAUACCGCUCCUGUCCCUCCACCACACAAAACUCCCACCACUCCUCCACCAAGCACCGAGGAUGCUGAGGCUUUCAAGGCUGCUGGAAACAAGUAUUUCAAGGCAGGAGAUUACACCAAGGCUAUUGCAGAGUACACAAAAGCCGUUGAGGCUGAUCCCAAGUCUUCGACGUACAGAUCCAACCGUGCUGCGGCUUAUAUGUCUGCUGGAAAAUACAUUCAAGCCUUGGAUGACUGCAAAGAAGCUGAUGAGCUGGACCCGAACAAUGCCAAAAUUUUGCACAGAAUGGCACGUAUCUACACGUCUUUGGGCCGACCCAGAGAAGCGCUUGAAACCUACGAUCGCAUUGACCCUCCUGCAUCGCAAAAAGACCGCCAACCUGCCGUUACCAUGAACCGUCAUCUUUCUGAAGCCGAAGAACAGAUUCGCGAUUCCACCUCUGGUUCCAUGGCUAUUUUCGCCCUUGACCAAGCUGAGAAGGGUCUUGGAUCUACUGUCACAAGACCACGAAAGUGGGCUCUGCUCAGGGGUGAGGCAUACCUGAAAAUGGGCAACGUGAACGCCUUGGGAGAUGCACAAAACAUCGCCAUGUCCUUGUUGCGCAACAACAGCGCCGAUCCUGAGGCCCUGGUGUUGAGAGGACGCGCUCUCUAUGCACAGGGUGAGAACGACAAGGCUUUGCAACACUUCAGACAAGCCAUUAGCUGCGAUCCUGACUUCAAGGAUGCCGUCAAAUAUCUGCGUAUGGUGCAAAAACUUGACCGCACAAAGGAAGAAGGAAACAACUACUUCAAGUCUGGAAAGUACGAACAAGCUGUCGAGACUUACACCUCUGCUCUCGAGAUCGAUCCCCAAAAUCGUGGCACAAACUCCAAGAUCUUGCAAAACCGAGCGCUCUGCUACACUAAACUCAAGGAAUGGCAAAAAGCAAUCGAGGACUGCGAACGUGCAUUGAAACUUGAUCCCAGCUAUACCAAGGCUCGCAAGACAAAGGCCAAGGCAUUGGGUGAGUCUGGCAACUGGGAGGAGGCCGUCAAGGAAUUGAAGGCUAUUGCCGAAAGCAACCCCGAAGAACCUGGUAUCGCAAAGGAGGUCCGUAACGCUGAGCUCGAACUCAAGAAGAGCAAGCGCAAGGACUACUACAAGAUUCUUGGAGUCGAGAAGGAUGCCGACGACAACCAAAUCAAGAAGGCUUACAGGAAGUUGGCUAUCAUCCACCAUCCUGACAAGAACCAAGGAGAUGAAGCUGCAGCAGAUCGCUUCAAGGAUAUUGGUGAAGCCUACGAAACUCUGUCAGACUCUCAGAAGCGCGCUCGUUACGAUAGUGGUGAGGAUCUCAUCGACCCCUCGGAACAGUUUGGUGGAGGUGGCUUUGGCGGCGGCAUGGGUGCACAAAUCGACCCCGAGGUCCUCUUCCAGAUGUUUGGUGGACAGAUGGGCGGCGGUGGCUUCGGUGGAGGUGGCUUUGGCGGCGGCAUGGGCGGUGGUGCCCGUAGAGGUGGUGGUGGCUUCCCUGGAGGAUUCCACUUCGGUUGA